AUGUUAUUGCUCAUCAGUUGGUGGAAAAAUAAAUCCUUAGUAUUUCUCGAUUUUGUUGUUGUUGUCUUUUUCGUGUUUAAAUGUUACGAACCUCCUCACGUUUGUAAGAAGUUGGAAAAUGAAUCCACGCUCCUGGCCCAGUACGAUCUCCACAAUACAUCCGACACCAAGGUGGAAUAUGGAAAGUGCGACAUCAGUAUUGUUGGCAACAGGAGCGGAGUCAGAGAGACGGUAGCCAGCUUCGGAUGUAUGGCCGGCCAUGACUAUCAUGGGAGCAAACACAUAUCAUUUGUGUCUGAGGUAACCUAA